GCAAAGGCGAUAAGAGUGUCCCACCAAUUCGAUCCUAAUUUUUCGGGAGUGUGUUAAAAAGUGUCAAAUAAAAAGAAAAGUCAUUUAAAAAAAGAAAUAUGAGUGAUCAAAAUGAGAAUGCUGCUGUUCAAGCAGAUGCUCCAUUACCUGAAACCUCGCAACAGUUCGUUCCACCAACACCCAGCUCCAAUGCCACAACUCCUACUUCAUCUGUGAGCGGUGCUCCUGUUAGCCGCUUAAAGGCACCCACAAACUUUAGCGGAUCAUCGUCUUCUGUGUCGAAAAUCGGCAGACCAUGCUCGCACUCGGCUCCAAAAGCAGGACCACCACCAAGAGAUACAAGCAGCAUGAGUCGUGAAAGCGAUGACAAUUUGAGCUCAAUCAAUUCACAAUACACAGACCUGUAUCAGGAGACAGUAAAACGUUUCACACGUUCGUCAUUGUCACCCGAGAUGGAUCGAUUUUCACCAUCGCGCUAUUCGUUUAAAUCCAAUUCUCCAUACGAUUUUUACAUAGAGGCCACUGGCCGACGACGCAGUUCAGAUCAAGGCGCUGUAUUGACACAUGACACAGAGCAGUUCAUCAUUGGCCAAAGAGUUUGGGUGGGUGGAAUACGUCCCGGACAAAUAGCCUACAUUGGCGAGACACACUUUGCACCGGGUGAUUGGGCUGGAGUGGUCUUGGAUGAUCCAAGUGGUAAAAACGAUGGUUGUGUUGCCGGCAAACGCUACUUUCAGUGUGAACCCAAACGUGGCAUUUUUUCUCGCUUGACUCGCCUUACACUGGCUCCAUUGCCAGGAGCUCAGACACCAACCUCACCCUUAUCAAAAAUGUCUCCCGAUCGUUCUCGCACAGUAUCACCCACAGCCAGUAUACACAGCUCAUUCCAACGUAGUCCUGGAAAAAAUGGAUUGACUGUUGGCGAUCGCGUUAUUGUGUCUUCCGGCUUUGGCAGCCGUCCUGGUAUUCUGCGCUACUUGGGCGAAACACAAUUUGCUUCCGGUAAUUGGUGUGGCAUUGAACUUGAUGAAGGAACGGGUAAAAACGACGGAUCCGUUGAUGGCAUUAGAUAUUUCGAAUGCAAACCCAAAUUUGGUGUCUUUGUGCCAAUUGCAAAAGUUUCAUUGUCACCAUCGUCGAAGAAGGCGCGACUUUCCCGGACCGGAUCCCGUGAAUCUCUUACAUCAAUUGGCACCAUGAACAGCAUUGCCACGACGAACACAUCGCGAUUGCGCUUGAAUGCCCAGCAGCGCAAAUCGUCGUCAGCUAAACCCGUUGCUGUAACAACGCCAAAAGCACAAUUUUCGAUGCAGGAUAUUUUGCGUGAGAAACAACAACAUAUUGAGCAACUAAUGAUCGAGCGUGAUUUGGACCGUGAGGACUCACAGAAUCAGGCCUUGCAGUACCAGAAGAAUAUCAACGAGAAAUUACUUAGCGAUGCUGAUCGUUGGGCAAGACUCAUUGCACGCCGUAGCUUCCGUUUGGCCGAUCUGCGCCGAGAGUUCCGCGGCUGGAGCGGAAACCAUGAGAAGCACUGCAUCCUUCAUAGUGUACUCUCACCUUUGCGCAUUAAGUAAACUGAGCGCACCUAGCACCAGCUGACUUAUGAAGAAGAUAACCACCAAUGAUGCCCCGUUCUCGACGCAUUGAACGUAUCCAUGCAUGCCCCAACGCGUGUCAAAGAGAAAAACAGUCAAUUCAACAAAACUGAGAAAGAAAUGAGCUGAAGCUGACCAAUCGACCAACCGACCUGUACCUCUUAGUUUUUUUUGCUCCUUAGUGCUCAAAAAUAAGAACGACUAUGGAUAAUCUCCAAGUGCAGAUUUCCUACAUUCUUUUUGUUUCGAAACCAAAUACACAGAACUACUGAAUCUUAUGCUCGUUCCAAGACCAAAUACAUAUUCCACAUUCCUCGGCCCCCAACGAAAUGCAAAUCCCCAGUGGGGAUUUUGUAAAAUACUUUAAUUAAAAAUUUCUUUUUUUCAGAAAGAUUUUAUAUUUAGACCAUUUGUUUUAAUGUGUGCCCAUCCGGCUGCCGAAGAUUCUUGUAGUUUCGGAUGGCCAUACAACCUGACUCUACUGUUACCAGAGAAAAGAAAAAAUCAAAAAAAAAACAAAUCCCACGAUCUAAGCGAAUUUUAUUGCUUCUGUUAUUAUUUAAACCUUUUAUAUAUAUAUAUACGAUGGUUAUACAUUAUUUUUUGUAAAUGUUAUAUUAUAUGCUAUUAAUUAUUAUCUACUUACUUGUAUGUACUUGUACGCAUUCAUUCUCUGAUC